CUAGACUGUGAGGAAGAAAGGACUACCAUGGGCGACGUCGCUGCCGGCGCUGCCGCCCUGAGUCCACCCCCGAUGACCAAGGAGACCAACCUCUUCAUGCAAAUCGUCGUCAACCCGGACGGCACGGUCACGCGCCCCGAGGUCCCCCUCGUCCCGGCCUCAGCCGUAGCCGCUGGCGGCGUCGUCUCCAGGGACGUGCCCCUCGACGCCUCCGCCGGCACGUACCUCCGCCUCUACCUGCCCGACCUGUCCUCCGCGCCGGCCGCCAAGCUCCCCGUCGUCCUCUACUUCCACGGCGGCGGCUUCGUGAUCCUCUCCGCCGCCACCGUAUUCUACCACGGCCACUGCGAGGCGAUGGCCGCCGCGGUGCCCGCCAUCGUGGCGUCCCUCGAGUACCGCCUCGCGCCGGAGCACCGCCUGCCCGCGGCCUACGAGGACGCCGCCGCGGCCGUGGCGUGGCUCCGCGACGGCGCGCCGGGGGACCCCUGGGUCGCGGCGCACGGCGACCUCUCCCGCUGCUUCCUCAUGGGCAGCAGCUCGGGCGGCAACAUGGCGUUCUUCGCGGCGCUCCGGACCGGGGGCCUCGACCUGGGCCCCGCCACGGUGCGCGGCCUCCUGCUGCACCAGCCCUACCUCGGCGGCGUCGACCGGACGCCCUCGGAGGCCAGGUCCGUCGACGACGCCAUGCUGCCGCUGGAGGCCAACGACAGGCUCUGGAGCCUCGCGCUGCCCCUGGGCGCCGACCGGGACCACGAGUUCUGCAACCCCGUCAAGGCCAUGGCGCCGGAGGCCCUUGCCGGCCUGCCGCGCUGCCUGGUCACCGGCAACUUGGGCGACCCGCUGAUCGACAGGCAGCGGGAGUUCGCUCGGUGGCUGCAGGACCGCGGCGGCGCGAAGGCGGAGGUCGUCGUGAAGUUGGACGUCGCGGGGUUCCACGCGUCGGAGCUGUUCGUGCCGGAGAUCGCCGAGGUGCUGUUCGCCGCGAUGCGCGAGUUCGUGUACACCGGCGACGCUUGACACGUUGAAUUUCGUGCCGGCCGGUGACAAGUGGACAUACGUGUUGCAUCGUUGUGGAUUGUGUGACCGUGCGCAAUAAUUCUCGGCCGUGUUGAAUCUUGACAAACUGGCACCAGAGCCACCAGGCGGCGACUACUAUGUAACACGUGAGUACUGUAGCAGCUACCGCAACGCACCGGACCGCCGGACGUGUAGUUUUCGCGACGCGUGCAGCUAUCGGCCACGGCAACGAAUAUAGGAGAUGUUUUGUUCGGAUUUUUUUGGCCCGCGACCAUUCUCAGCGCUAUCUAAAACUAUCUUCAUCACAUUUCUUAUCAAAUAAUCAUCUAUCUCAUGC